AUGCAUUAUCCUAGUAUUGCUCAGCCGACAGCUAUCGGAACAUGGCCGAAUCCCUACCCGGUCAGCACUCAACAGCAAGCAAUACCAACUGUAUAUUAUCAAAUGCCCACAACAACGGUUCCCAUCAUAACAAAACCUGAAGUUCUUGUUUCACAACAACAAAUACCUACUGUUUACUAUCAAACGCCGUCACUUAAUUUUCCUUCUAAUCCACCUACGAUAAGUUCUCAAGUCAAUAUACCACAGCAACAGCCUCAGACUACUUCGACAACAACAAUAAAAACAACUCGAACUCUUCAUCCAACAGCAGACAGCAAUACAGUUGCCGAAGAAACAAGUACUACAUCCACUGUUACUAAACCUGAAAUACCGGCAACACAAGCAUUUGUUACUUCAGCAAGUGCAAGUGUUCCACAAGUAACAACAAGUAGACGUCCACCAACAGUUGAAACGACUACGACUGAUGAAAGACCACAAAUUCGAACUCGUCGUCUUCGCACUCUUUCAACAUCAACUUGUUCCGAUAGUUCGACAACUUUUUCACAGUCUACAAUUACCCCGCAGCCUCAAAAUAUACUCCAGCCGACUGUUCUUCCACCGCAAAUACCUAUUCAAACAGCAAACAUUGCGCCUAUGCGUCGUGUAAUACAUCAUGCACAUCAUCCGCCACGUACACCUAGCGGUUAUUAUUCAUCGGACCUUGACUAUGGAAAACGACGAGUUUACAAAACAGAUUAUAAAUAUCGUCAUUAUUAUUGUUGCAAUUGGUGUAAAGGUCGUUGCGAUUUACGUAAUCGUUCGUAUGGUUGUUGUGAAUGGUUUUAUGGAUGCCCUCUAUGGGGAUUGAUUUUCUGUGGAUUAGUGUUUCUUGGAUUGCUCGUACUAUUUUUUACUCUAUUUGGUUUACAACCAUCGAUUAAUUCCGCACGUCGUUCUGACACGGCCCAAACAGUUUUAUUGAAUCGUACAGAAAUCAUUUAUGGAUUUUACAAACUCUGUGGUUACCAAAUCAAUGCUGCAUCAGGUACACCAACCACACUUAUUCUAUGUAAUACUACCGCAACAACAUCAACUGCACGCAUACAAUUGUCACCAUUCUAUACUGUAAUAAGUGGAACAAAUAGUUAUUCUUUUAGUAAAAUAGUCAUUUUUCUUUUGAUACUUAUUCUUUUUGAACGUUUCCGCAUUUAA